UUAUUAUAUAUCAAUAAACUAUGAGAUAGCGUCGCACUCAUUGCUAAUUGUCCGUGUGUGCCGUCCGUCAUUGUGACAACGAAUUAUGGACGUACAAUAUUUCGUGUCGAUUUUUAUAUUGCUCUGGAGACGGACAGACUCAUCAGACGCAUAUCCUAAGCUAUGCUUCCCAGAAGAUUUUAUGUUUGGUGUGGCAACCGCGUCCUACCAGAUCGAAGGGGGAUGGAACGUAUCAGGCAAAGGUGAAAGCAUAUGGGAUCGUUAUACGCAUCAGUAUCCCGAAAGGGUGUUCGAUCACAAGAACGGUGAUGUGUCUGACGACUCUUAUCACCGGUACAAGGAGGACGUGAAGCUACUGAAGGAAUUAGGAGUGAACUUCUAUCGCUUCUCUAUAUCAUGGCCCAGAAUACUGCCGACUGGAUUUAUCAAUGACAUCAACAAAGAUGGUAUCAGAUACUACAACGAGCUGAUCGAUGAGUUGCACCGUAACAAUAUCGAGCCAGUAGUGACCAUGUACCAUUGGGACCUGCCGCAGGUACUGCAGGACCUUGGCGGCUGGACAAACCCCAUCAUAGCAGAUUACUUCGUGGACUACGCAAAGGUGCUAUUUAAAGAGUUCGGCGACAAAGUCCGCUUCUGGUUGACCUUCAACGAGCCACUGUCCUUCUGUCACGAUGGAUACGGCGGAAACGAUGCACCUGGCGGCCAGGCCAGUGGCCUCGAGGACUAUAUGUGUGGGCACAACGUCCUUAGAGCACAUGGAAAGGUCUAUACGCUUUACAGCAAGGAAUACAGGAAUGAACAGCAGGGUUCUAUUGGAAUCACAUUAGACAUAGCGUGGAUGGAACCUGCCACCACUUCUAAGGAGGACCAGGAUGCUGCCGAAACAGCGAGACAGUUUACUUAUGGCUGGUUCGCACAUCCAAUUCUCACAGACGAGGGAGACUACCCCCAGAUCAUGCGCCAACGGAUAGACCAAAACUCCAAACGCCAGAACUUCGCUCGAUCUCGUCUACCGCACUUCACCAGUGACGAAGUACAGGAAAUCAGAAGCUCCUUCGAUUUUCUCGGGCUGAAUCAUUACACCACGUACAUGGUCAGCCCCGGAGACAACAAGACCAGCGCCGUGCCAUCGUUCAAUAACGACAUGGGUGUCAGUAUGAGUCAGAAAGCUGAGUGGCCUAAAUCGAAUUCCUCUUGGUUGAAGGUGGUCCCGUGGGGCUUCAGGAAAGCUUUGAACUGGGUAAAGACUACAUACAACAACCCAAACAUUUUGGUAACUGAAAACGGUAUCUCGCUAAAGCCCGGUUUACACGAUCCGAAACGUGUAAACUACAUCGAUGGAUAUUUGAGGGCGUUACAUGACGCUAUCUAUAAAGACAAAUGCAGGGUCAUAGGGUACACGUAUUGGAGUCUGCUGGACAAUUUUGAGUGGAUGAGAGGAUUCUCUGAGAGAUUUGGACUUUACGAAGUUGAUUACGAAUCAGCGGAGCGCACCCGUAGCCCGCGCCUCUCCGCUUCCUACUUCAAUAAUGUAGCCACUACUGGCUGCUUGCCGACGUCGUCCGACGAUUACGUUGAAUAUACACUUACCAAUAAAUAAAUCUAUAUAAACAACAAGCUAUAUCCCGCGGCUUCGCUCGUAUUUGUACCGCCAUGUUAAAAAUAACCUGUAAGAAUAAUUAUUUUUUUCAAAUCUGACUAGUAAUUAUAUAUAUAUAUAUAGGUAUCAGUAUCACUCCAAUAUCUAUAUAUUCGGUUCCUCUAAACUAUAAUGGCGGAAAUAUUUUCCGUACUAGUCGUAUAUCUAUUUAUUCAAUCGAGUGCUUCAUUUCGAUAUUCUAUAUAUGAUCAUCAACUUCGUCCGCCAUAUUCAAUUUUAAUAUAACCGUCUUUUUCCCAUUCUUCCUUUAAAAGACGUAAUAAAUUAUAAUCAAAAUGUCA